AUGGGUUUUGAAUUAGGUGGGAAAUGUUUAGCUUUCCAUGGUCCUCUUCUGUAUGAAGCUAAAGUUUUAAGAAUUUGGGACAGUAAAGACAAAAAAUUAAUUACACCGCCAAAUGAAACUACUAAUGGAAUUACAGAACCGGAAUCUGAAAUGGCAACGGAAGAUUGUUAUUUUAUACAUUAUCAAGGUUGGAAAGCCACUUGGGAUGAAUGGAUUGGGUCAGAUAGAAUUCGUGAAUAUAAUGAAGAAAAUGUCGAAUUAAAAAAAAAAUUAAUUCAACAGGCAAAAGAACUUAAAAAAGAUAGUGCAAAACAAAGUAAAAAACGCAAAUCACAAUUAUCUAAUUCCCAUAGUCAUUUGAAUCAACAGCAUUUACAAUUACAACAAUUGCAAUUGCAAUUGCAACAAGUAGAUGGAUCAGAUUCAAAUACAGAAAAUACUAAUACGACAACUACGGUUUCGCUAAAAAAACCCAAAACUGCAUCUUCAUCUUCAUCAAACCUAGAUAAUACAUUAACUACGAGUAAUAGAUCUUCAAAUUCACCACAUAUGAUGUUUGAUUCAAAGAACUGGUUUAACAAUAAUAGUUUACCAAAGAUUACAAUGCAUAUUCCAACAAAAUUGAAAAGUGUACUAGUAAAUGAUUGGGAAUAUGUUACCAAAGAUAAAAAAAUAUGUAAGCUUCCUUCAAAAUUAUCUGCUGGCGAGAUUAUUGAUAAAUUUGAAUCAGAAUGUUCGGGAAUACUGGACUCACCUACUGGACAAUCACAGUUAUCUGAAUAUUGCAAUGGGCUUCGAUUAUAUUUCGAAAAAUCUUUACCUGUUUUACUACUAUAUAGAUUGGAGAGACUACAAUAUGAUGAAUUAAAAUCAAAAGAAGAUUUGUUACAUAAAUAUGGAAGUAUACAUCUAUUAAGAUUAGUCAGUAUACUGCCAGAAUUAAUAAGUAAUACAACUAUGGAUACACAAAGCUGUCAACUAAUAGUUAGACAGACUGAAACUUUUCUAGAAUGGUUAUUACUCAGAAAUCAAGCUUUGCAUUUAUUCCCAAUUGAUUCAGAUGAUUUUUACGUAAACACUUCAAGCCAGUAUGAAGGUGUGGCACUAGGACUAUAA